AUGGUUCACAAGUCCAUGCGGUGCCCGAACAAGGCCGCUGAGAGCGCAUCCGCACGUCUCUGUGCAGACGCCGUAGCAGAAACCACAGCAACUGAUGUCUCAUCGGUUGCUAAAGCGUCUCAGCCUGUAUCACCUGGUGAUGCAGACGCUCGUCAUGAAGACACUCAUGUCUUCACAGAGUAUGAGCUCGGUGUCUCAUACUCUCCCGAUACGAAAGAAGGCUCUGUAUCGAAGGCAGUUGAAACCAAGCCGCCUGCCAAGUGUGGCAUGGAUUAUGCUACGCGUCGUAGCAUCUUUGGUUCAUCUGAUGAAUCAGAUCAACCCUCGCCAAAGCGAAGGCGCUCGAGAUCGCAAGACUUGGGCGCUCACAGUGGUGUCAGUUCUCCUAGUGAAACCACUUCGCAGCGAGAUACCAGUGCUUAUGUCGGUACGUCGCAGGAGGAGCGGGACCGCAACGUGUUGCGUCUCGCUCCCGAAAAGAAGACAAGUCUGCCUUCAGUACGUCAACCAUCAGUUGGGAGCGGGGCUCCCAAGUAUCCCAGGACGGGGGAUAGCCGCGCCACUGGACGAGAUAACUCGUCCGACGUCCGUUCACGUAGCGGUGGUUCAACAGCUGCUCAACCAGAUAGCGCUGGCCACCGCGAGAGUCCUCUAAUGGAGGUGGAGGAGGAGGGAAGACGCUCUCCACACAACCGUGGGGAAGCGUGUGUCUCCGAGAGCUUCUUUGAUCGCGUAACGCAAGUAUUACGCAACGAUCUCGAACAUGAGCGGGGCAGGCGUCUCCAACUGGCGGACGCUGCCUCGAAGCAUCGAGCUGAGUUUGCCUUUGUUCAGCUUGAGAACGAGAGAGCUCUGACAUCUCUUCGUAACGAGCUAAGGGUAGCUCGCGGGAUUGUUGAUCGGUCUCGGGCUGAGGUAACUGCUCUUCAGACCCUUGUCGAUGGCCACCAUCGGGAGCACAAGGCCCUCUGUGAGGUGCUUGAACGCAAGGGCGUUCUUCAUCGGAAGAAACAGCGUACUGAUAGUACGGCUUAA